AUGUUUCGUCCAACUAUACUGAAGAAAAAUAUACCAGUUUAUCCACCAUUAACUCAAACAAAUACUAAACCUGUAUUAGAUAUUUAUAAAGAACAAUGUUUUGAAAAAUUAGAUCCAGAAGGAUGGAGAAGAGCUUUAUUAAAAUUUAAAUCACCAACAGAAAUUAAAACUGGUGAUGUUAUUCGUGUUGUAUAUAAUACUCGUGCUAUACCUCCAUUUAUGGGUCAAAUCAUUGGUAUAUCUCGUGGUGGUGUUGAAGCUUCAGUUGUUUUAAGAAAUAAUAUUACAAAAUUAGGUGUUGAAAUGAGAAUUAAAAUUUUUAGUCCUUUAAUUUCUCGUAUUGAUAUUGUUAAAAAACCAUUAAAGAGAAAACCUGGUAGAAAACAUUAUUUUAUUAAAGGUACUAAAUUAGAUGUUAAAGAUUUAGAAGCUGAUUUGAAAAAAUCAAGAAGAAAAAAUAAGAGUUUUUAG